GUAGCCUCUCCGGGCGUUUGUUGUGAAAUCCACGCGAACGGAAACGUUGAGCUAGCAUCGCGCGUGUGUGUGUGUGUGUGUGUGCGCGCGCGCGCGUGUUUAAAUGUGUGUGUGAAGAAGAUGUUACCUUUAUCCAUCAAGGACGACGAGUACAAACCCGCCAAGUUCACUUUGGUACUCAAGCUGUCAGGAUGGAUCAGGUCAAUUUUGGCCGACAAAACGUCGAGAAAUUUGUUUUUCUUCUUGUGUUUGAACCUUUCUUUCGCCUUUGUGGAGCUCAGCUACGGCAUCUGGAGCAACAGCCUAGGUUUGAUCUCGGACUCGUUUCAUAUGUUCUUCGACUGCACGGCGCUGCUGGCGGGCCUGGCGGCCUCUGUCAUCUCCAGGUGGCGCUCUAAUGACAGCUUCUCUUAUGGGUACGUGAGAGCCGAGGUUCUUGGCGGCUUUGUUAACGGACUCUUCCUCAUCUUCACUGCCUUCUUCAUCUUCUCUGAAGGGGUCGAGAGGGCUCUGGAGCCUCCGGACGUUCAUCACGAGCGUCUUCUUCCCGUCUCGGUCGCCGGACUGCUCGUCAACCUGGUGGGAAUCUUUGUUUUCCAACACGGAGGACACGGACACUCGCACGGAGAGCAAGGUCACGGCCACAGCCAUUCGCUGUUUAAUGGCACCGCGAGGGAGGCGGCGGGUCACGGCCACUGCGGCGGCCAUCACGGGCACGAAGGCCACGCCCACCACAGCGGCCACCACGGACACAGCCACCACGAUCUCGACGAUGAGCGCCACCUGGGUUCCGGGAAACAGAUCCUGCAGGGCGUGCUACUGCACAUCAUGGCUGACACUCUGGGCAGUGUGGGUGUGAUCAUUUCAGCCCUUCUGAUGCAGAACUACAACCUCAUGAUAGCUGACCCCAUCUGCUCCAUGCUCAUCGCAAUCCUCAUCGGAGUCAGCGUGGUCCCUUUGCUGCGAGAGUCCAUUGGGAUCUUGAUGCAGAGAACGCCGCCCUCCCUAGACCGCACCCUCCCCGAGUGCUACCAGAGGGUGCAGCAGCUGCAGGGCGUGUACAACGUGCAGCAGCCCCACUUCUGGACCUUGUGUACCGACGUGUACGUGGGGACCCUCAAAGUGGCCGUGGCCCCCGACGCCGACGCUCGCUGGAUCCUGAGUCAGACGCACAACAUCUUCACGCAGGUGGGGGUGCGGCAGCUGUACGUUCAAAUCGAUACGGCCGCCAUGUAGCGGCUCGUGCCCCUCUGGAUUCUGGGACCAAUCACAGUCUGCAGUGAUGACUGACUUCUGACCUCGGGGCCAAGGCAGGACCUUUUGGGGGAGGGGCUAACUGUGAUCAACCCAAAUUGCCCCUCCUCCUCGGAGCAGGGAAUUAUGGGAAAGUGCCUUCAUCACGGCACCGCACCCUGACAGGAUGCUGCCAGCUAAUUGGUCCAUGGACUGUGUGUGAGCGCGCGUGCGUGACCAGUUCCCGCCUCAACAGAUGACAGGGAACAGGAAGUGUGUGGGUCACUUCAAUUCCCAUGAUGCAUUUCACCAACAACCUUGAAAGGUUAUCGGGCCUCUUGGGAAAGUCACCUUUCCUUACCUCCAAAGCGCCUUUCCUUAACCUUUGGAAGAGGUCAUGGGGUCAAGCCACCGACGGCCGUUCGAAAGGUAACACGCGACCCACCUGCAGGCCGCAGCAGCCGACGGCGGUGAUGACGGACGCGUUGUGGACCACCCGGUACGGGAUCCCGGCGCGCACGGCCCUCAGCGCC